CCCUGCACAGAAGCUGGAACCUGGACGAAACAGCGCCCCGACAGCACUGUGCAUUCGGAGCCAAAGCAAACAGCACCAUUCCGCCCAGUAACACUGGGACUCGCCGAUGUGAAACUGCGCACUCCUGCAAACAAGACAGAAUAAAAUAUCCUUUGGUGAAGUCACAGACGUGCGGAUGCAAGCGUGAUAAUAUAAGUCGGGCUAGAGGAGGAUUCGAAAAACAGCAGCACGAAUCGAGCAUCAGCAAGGUAACAGUUGAAUCAUGGGAGGUGCUGCUGUGGAUGACUGCCCCACUGGAGUGAAGGCCCCGGAUGGGGGGUGGAGCUGGGCGGUCCUCUUCGGCUGCUUUGUCAUCACGGGAUUCUCGUACGCCUUCCCCAAGGCGGUCAGUGUGUUCUUCAAGGAGCUCAUUAGAGAGUUCGGAGUAGGAUACAGUGACACCGCAUGGAUUUCCUCCAUUUUGCUGGCCAUGCUGUACGGGACAGGCCCCCUGUGCAGUGUCCUAGUGAACCGUUUUGGAUGCCGUCCAGUUAUGAUGGUAGGGGGGCUUUUCGCCUCUUUGGGGAUGAUUUUGGCUUCCUUUGCCACCAGCAUCAUUCAGAUCUACCUCACCACUGGUGUCGUUACCGGUUUGGGUCUGGCCCUUAACUUCCAACCCUCGCUAAUCAUGUUGAACAGAUACUUUGACAAGAAGAGACCCCUGGCUAAUGGGCUGUCAGCUGCAGGAAGCCCUGUGUUUCUGUGCUGCCUGUCUCCACUGGGGCAGGUUCUCCAGUACAACUUUGGCUGGCGUGGGGGCUUCCUCAUCCUCGGGGGGAUGCUGCUCAAUUGCUGUGUUUGUGGGGCGCUCAUGAGGCCACUGGAGCCCCCCAAGAAGCUGGUAGACCAGGAGGAGCCAUCCAGCAAGGUGGUCGAGAAGCAGAAGCCUAAGAGAAAGCUGCUUGACUUCACGGUCUUCAAAGACCGGGGUUUUUUGAUCUACACAGUAGCAGCCUCCAUCAUGGUCCUGGGUCUCUUUGUGCCGCCAGUGUUUGUGGUCAGCUACGCCAAGGAUUUGGGCUACCAGGACACCAAGGCUGCGUUCCUGCUUAGCAUCUUGGGAUUCAUUGAUAUCUUUGCCCGGCCCACGUGCGGGAUCAUCGCUGGGCUCAAGUGGGUGCGCCCACGCUGUGUCUACCUCUUUGCUUUCGCCAUGAUCUUCAAUGGAGUGACAGACCUGGUCGGCUCCAUGUCUGAGGACUACACACAACUGGUGAUCUUCUGCAUCUUCUUUGGUAUCUCCUACGGCAUGGUUGGAGCGCUGCAAUUUGAGGUCUUGAUGGCCAUCGUGGGCACAGAGAAAUUCCCCAGCGCAAUCGGCCUGGUUUUGCUCAUGGAGGCCAUGGCUGUGCUGGUUGGACCACCUUCUGCAGGGAAGAUCCUGGAUGCUACACAUCGCUACAUGUUUGUGUUCAUGGUGGCUGGCUGUGAGGUGACGCUGUCUGCCCUGGUUUUGGGCUUUGGGAACUUCUUCUGCAUCAAGAAGAAACCUGAGAAGCCCAUGAAGGAGGUGACUGCAAGUCCAGCAGAGAGUGAGAAGCUCACGAAGCCUGACGAGGAGGAGAAGCGACCGGAGAGCAUCACGGUGGACUCCAUCGAGGUGGAGCAGUUCCUGAAGGCGGAUACUGAAAAGAAUGGCGAGGUGAACACAAACCCGGAGACAUGCGUGUGAACACCAGAACUGAGAGAAGGAGCAAGCUUGGGGAGGUGGGGAAAAACUCUAACAAAGUGGUACAAAGAAGUGCAAAUAUUUGUAUAUUUUAGGUGGGCUAUAGAUUUACAUUAGGGCUGUGCCAUAUCAAAAAAAGCAAAAGUAAAUCUUAAAAGAAGGUCAAUUGAAAGUACACUGGAACGGGACUGUUAAUGUUAUAAUAAGUGUCAAUCAAGACUCCUCUCCAUCAGUCACUGCAGCUAUAGAGAAUUUGAAUCUUGUGAGGAGUAAAAUACAUAAGCUACUUCUGAAUUUCUACUGCAGCACCACUAGAACCAAAUCACUGCCAUGCUGUACCACAACCAUGCCACUGGGGCAUUGUUUAUAGCUUCAUUGUACCACCAGAGCACCGCUUUGAAUAUGGUUUUACUGCUGCUCAUGUUGGGAGCAGUGGCACACACAAGUGCUGAUUUUUGCCUGUCCGUUAUCUUGCCUCUCUAGAGUCGCUAUAGCUGUGUACCUUGUUGCUGCCUGGAGGCCCAGAUAAAUGUAAGUGUUACGCAAAGGGUCAUCAAGACAAAAGGUGGUUAAAAAUGAAAAAAUGAGUGGAUUGAUUUUCUUUGAAUCUCCGAUAUCUUUAGCAAUGAGAUGCUUCAACUAAUCACUUAUUGUGAGAUUCUUUUCAUAGAAUUGUCGGCUGGGUGUGUGUACUGGUUUUGGAUAGCCUGCACUUUCUCAGCCCUCCUUAUGCCAGUUCCGGCUACCCCUUUUGUCUAGAGACUGAGCUUGUUUUGUCCUACCAGUUUUUCUUGUGUGUGUUUUGUAACCAGUGUUUGACAAAGUAUUUCAAAUCUAUUGCCCUCUGUGCUUUUGUUUUAAAAUCAUUGGCCCAAUUGCAAAAUUGGUGAUUUUUUAAAAAUAUAAAUUUCCUCCAUUGGCAGUUAACUUUGACUAUGGUUACCUGUAAAUUGUCAGACGCAUAUUCGUUAACCUGUAGCAGUGUCAUUCUGAGAAUCUGCAGUUCCUGGUGGAAGCAGUGCCCAUGCUUCGUAUAUGCAUCUCUGUGGCACAGUCCUAAUGGACCUAAAAUGGAGAUAUCAAUAAUAUACUUAAUGUAUUCAUGGUUUAAUUGUAUAAGUAAGUGUAUAUUUUUGUGUGUUAAUGUAACAUUAUUUGUUUGAAUUCACUUUUGAAAAACAUUGGCCAUUUUGGAUUUGGUUGCGAAGAAAAUACUAAAGGAGAUGAAUUGCAUUCAAGAAAUGUAUGAUCGAAUUUCGUGUGGCAAGCCACUCCCACUUUCUGUUAAUGUUUCAUGAUUUUAAAACCCUGUUUCCUCAAGUGAAAGGUAAUGUUUAACAGCCAGGCUCGGUAUUUACCAAUCCAGUUUUAUUGUUUCUAUGUGCAGUGUUUGAAAAUUAAAGCCUGAAAUGAGAAAUCAGUUUAGUUAAGGCUCGAUGGAGUCAGUUGUAGGAUUUUUAACUUUUUAUUGAUUUUAUAAAAUUGAUAAUUUACUUAGCUAGGUGGUACAUUGUGCGGCACACCAUUUUCCUGCUUUAUAAUGUGUUCUGUACCAAAAUGUGCAUACACAAAUACAGGGGCAAUAGCCAUCCAUGAAAAAUCACCUGCCCCAUGCCCACCCCUGAGCGGUGUUGUUGUAGUCUGCAGUGAUAGUAAAAUGUUUUAAAGAGCAGAGGCUAGAUAUCGGCGGGACUUCUGAAUUAAUACAUGCACACAACGAGGGAUGAAAAGCAUUUUAUUUUGCGGCAAAGCAACGUGUAGGAGAACCUAAAUAAAAAAUGAUUAGUAUGAUUUUAACCAAGGCCUGUGCCACAUAGCUGGCUACGGCCUUGCACAAACUAAUUACAGUCUGAUUUUGUUUCUGGAAUAUGGUAUAACUUAAUAACUAAUAAGUUUCCGUGUUCAGUUUCCUGAUUUCACAGACGAGUGACAAGCAGGUAUCUCACUUCUGAUCUAAACAAGGUGCUCUGUCGAGGUGGUAUUUCUGAGCCCUCAGCUAUAGCGCUGUGCAUUCCAUUUUACAAUCUUCUGGCCAAUGGUGACAUCUGCUGGAAGAGUUGAGUAAUGGCCAAAAUCCUCUCCAAUUAAAUGCGGGCAGCUGGAAUCCUGAACAGUGUUCUCUGCAGCACAGUGACUGGUGUUUAUAAGCCCUCUCCCAUCCAUGUUAGUAGCUAAAACCAAAAGACUGACUUAAAAUGCAGACGGAGAUAUCUGCUUUAAAGAUACGUCAGAGAUUACCGAUUACUUAUCUUGCGUAAGAAGAGUAAACUUUACAGAAGUUUCCCAGUGACUGUGCAGUUUGCUUUGGCUCCCUUUUUAGGGUCUUUAGAAAGGAUGGUUUUAAUGGGGACUGCUCUUUUGAAAGAGUCUAACUAGAACCGCAAAUAAUAAUUGGAUUUGAUAACAUUUCUGCAGACUCCAAGGGAGGUAUCCUAACAUUUCUCCAGCUCAGUACAUGUGUGUGUAUGUGUGUGUGUGUGUGUGUGUAUAGAGUAUACAUAUAUAAAUUACAAGUGUGUGCGUGAGGCUUACGUGUUCCUGUAUUACUUGUGUCCAUACACACUAUAGGCUGUACAUUUUAAACUCUUGUUACCGGUUUCCAGGUGGGGGCCCUAAAAUGAUUAACAAGAUUUUAGGAUUUGUGCAAAUCGCAUGUACCAUGUGUCUGUGUGCAUUUGUCAAGCAGCUGGAAAUGGAACAAAAAAUCUGUAUUGCCUUUUCAUCUCUGCAGAUGACCAUCCCAGACCACGUUUCCCCGCACUUUGAAUCCCGUGUGGUGCUUGGUAACAAUAGCACACCAACAAUGGGGUACAACCUUUAUUGUCCCCCACAAUGGUGAUCAGACAUGUGUUUAAUGAUUCUUAAUGUGGGGUAAACCUUAUGGGACCACUGCUACAAAAAGCAAUAAAUGCAAGCUCAAAUGCUAGUAAGUUCUAUUUGUUUGUGUGUGUUAGAAAAAACAAGCUUUGCACAUGAACAAAAUAAUAUAGACGUGUGGUAGUUUAAAUAUAUAUAUAUAUAUAAUUUUUAGAAACUGUGUUUUCACAAGAGCAUUACAGCCACCCCUUUGGCCAGUAAAGAGUUAAUUAUUUCAGGAUCCCUUGCCUUUGUUUUGAAGGGAGGAAUAAUGUUGCAUGUUGUGAGAUUUUAACUGGUGUGGUAUCUUUUUAUUUUUCUAUUAAAUUUUCUUUUUAAUAAAACUUCUCAAGUGGCAGAGAUAGUCUGCCUACACUGUUCUGUGAAUGCACUUUACUGUCAUCACCCCUGUAGAGAACUGUAUUUUUUUACAUGCUUUUAGAGUGACCUGUUGCAAAUCUAGUGAAAUAAAUAUUUAUUCUGUUGAA